AUGGCGGCGACCACGUAUAUGCCGGGAGAGCUGGAUCUCGGCAGCAUCGGUGGGUAUCACGCCGCAUCGCCGCGCAGCGCCGAGCCCGCUGACAUGAAGUACCAGCACCCCUUGCACGCUGGCGGCUCGCCGUCACCGGGCGCGCCCGUGGGCCUCAACCCCUGGGCGUCGCUGCCGCCAGCGGACCCGUGGUCGAUGCACACGCACCACGCACACGCACAUGCCCACCAGCCAGACGUGAAGCCCCCGGCCUCGCAGCAUGACCACCGCCACCUGCAAAGCCACGGCUGGCACGCGCCCGUCGUGUCCGCGCACUACGGGGCCGGGUCCCCGGUGGCGCUGCACGGCGGCUACCCGGUGCCCAUGCAUCAGCACCAUAUGCUUCGCGACGUGCAACCUUCUCCUCAUCCACUUCACCAUCAUCACGCGCUGGAGCGCGACCAGCCAGAAGAAGACACACCCACAAGUGACGAUCUGGAAGCGUUUGCCAAACAGUUUAAGCAACGCCGUAUAAAGCUCGGUUUCACACAGGCCGAUGUCGGCCUGGCACUCGGUACUCUCUACGGAAACGUUUUCUCUCAGACCACGAUAUGCAGAUUCGAGGCUUUACAACUCAGUUUUAAAAAUAUGUGUAAAUUGAAGCCAUUACUACAGAAAUGGUUGGAAGAGGCGGACUCGACGACGGGGAGUCCGACCAGCAUCGACAAGAUUGCCGCACAGGGUCGCAAACGGAAGAAGCGCACGUCAAUAGAAGUGUCGGUAAAGGGUGCGCUCGAACAGCACUUUCACAAACAACCAAAGCCCUCCGCCCAGGAAAUAACGUCACUCGCAGAUAGCUUGCAGCUAGAGAAAGAAGUGGUGCGAGUGUGGUUCUGUAAUCGCCGACAGAAAGAGAAGAGGAUGACGCCACCAAACACGCUGGGCGGAGAGAUGUUGGACGGCAUGGGGCACGGGCACUACGGGCACGACGUGCACGGGUCGCCACCGCUGCACGCGCACUCGCCCGCGCUGUCGCCACCGCACGCGCCGCACGCGCCGCACGCGCCGCACGCACAGCACGCGCAGCACGCGCAGCACGGCCUGCAGAGCGCGCACACGCUGGCUGCGCAC